GUGUGUCGUUAUUCGUAAUGUGUGUUGGGUAUUACGAUUGGGAUUAUUAAUCGCGUUUUGAAAGUUAUUUUUAUUUCCAUUUCAUAUUAUAGUCUUCAAAAUUAAAAAAAACAAACACAGAAUAAUUUUCUAAUCAUUGUACUCUAUAAUUAUCAUAAAUAAAUUCCAAAUCCAAUUUCUGUCAGAAUUAAAAAUUAACAAAUUACAUAAGAAACCGAACAGUUGGCAGCCGACUGCGUCUUAUGACUGAAGUGUUAACGCUGUGGCUGUGGGUGCAUUCAAUGUCAAAAGUUCGCGCGUGAUUUUCAAUAGAUACAUUGUACAAUAAUAAAUUGUACAAAAAACUCAGUACAAUGCAAGAUUGGAUCAAAGUAACUCUUAUUUUAUGCUUAUUCGGUACUUUACGAGAAAUCCGCCCUUCGGAACCGUUUGUAACUGAAUUUUUACUUGGAGAAUGGAGAAAUAUUACAGAAGAUCAAUUGAAUCGUGAGGUGUAUCCUGUUGGAACAUAUUCAUAUUUAUGCCUGUUGGUUGUGGUCUUCUUAGUAACUGACUUUUUGAGAUUUAAGCCAAUUAUUAUUUUGUCUGGAUUAAGUGGAAUCUCUGUAUAUGCUAUAUUACUAUGGACUUCAAGUCUGGAAUGGAUUCAGGUUUCACAAUUUUUAUUCGGUCUCUAUAUGGCUACAGAGGUCGCGUACCUCACUUACAUAUAUGCAAAGGUGGACUCUGCAAAGUAUCCGCUGGUGUCGUCGUAUACCCGAAUCGCAGCUCUUACCGGCAGAUUCAUAUCAGGCGUGAGCUCUCAACUUUUAACCCACUACGGGGUCAUGGACUAUCGAGAACUCAACUAUAUCACUUUUACAGCUCAGAUCCUGGCGACAUUUUGGGCGUUCUGGCUGCCACCGGUCCAGUACGGGAUAUACUUCCAUCGGAAAGUGUCCAUCGCCAAUCCACUGCAACAAAACUCGAAGGCGUUGGAUGAUAAACAGUCGCCGCCUGCACCUAAGCAAUCGUUCCGUGCAAAUGUUGUGGAGGCGUCGAUGCUGAUCGGGCGUCACGCCCGCGCUGCGUACACGCGGCCCAAGGUGCUCGCGUGGUCAGCGCUCUACGCGGCUGCGCUGGCGCUGUUCGUACAGGCGCAAACGUAUAUGCAGCUGCUUUGGAAACAGAUACAAGACGAAAGCAACGCACCGGUGGCGUACAAUGGGGCAGUGGAGGCAGCGCAGACGCUGCUGGGCGCCGGGGGCGCGAUGGUGGCGGCCAUGUGGUGCCGCGCGGUGCUGCCCGCGCCCGCCGCCACCGUGCAGGCGCUGGCCAUGUUCGCCGGCACCGCCGUGCCCAACGUGUUCGUCUCCUACGCGGGGUACAUCGUCAUGGGCAUGCUUUUCCAUUACACCAUCACAGUGGCCAGCGCCAAAAUAGCUGGCCAGUUAAGUGACGAGAGCUGCUUCGGCUUGAUAUUUGGCAUCAACACCCUUCUCGGCACCGGACUCCAGUCGAUCCUCACGUUGGUGCUCAUCCAAACCCUCGUGCUGGACAUAUCGACGCAGUACUACGUCAUUAGCGGACUGUUCCUAUUUCUAGCUGCUAUUUGGAUAAUCGGAUGGAGUAUAAACCUGUGUCGUCAGAGGAAAAGUAUACAUAUCAGCAAUCAGUAUUAGUAUCAUCACUACUGCUUUUCUUGUGAGUGACGAUAAUCCUUAAAAAUUCCAACCAAUAAUUUUACUGGUUGGUCAUGUGACUGCAUUAUACGUGUUUAAAUUAAUACCCAUUUAGAUAUAAGCUGGAUAAGGCGAUAGCGACUUACAAUAUUUAAAAUAAUAAGGUUAAAACAGUAAUAGUAAGGGAUUUUUGUGUUCAUAAAACCAAACUACUUUCCCCAAGAAACAUGUGUCUAAAUAUGAUAGCGAAUUAAGUAUUAUAUUUAAUAUAUGGAUACGGCGAUAAAAAAAAAAGAUUUUUUCAGCCUUCAUAUAAACUGCUGCGCAGUCACGUGAUCAAUUUAGUCACGUGUCCUUUUGGGAUAAUUUGUUGUUUUAUGGAUACGAGAAGACAACAGCUACAAUAGAACGAGUUUCUACCGUCCUAAAACGUGAUGAGAGUCGCCGCCAUAAAUAUAAGCUAUUAAGCGACUGUUAUCCAAUGAGACUCAUAAUUUUUCCUAUAAUAACAAAAACAUUUUGACUCCCCUAUAUCUAUACGCCGUGACUAUCAAGUAUGUACGGAAAGCUUUAAAUUUUUGUCUUAUUUCUACUCUUUGGGAAAAAAUGACAAUUAUUUUGGUCUCUAAACUGGAUGUAGUAUUAUUAUUUGUUUUCCAAUACAUGAUUACAUUCUAUACAAGUGAUAGUCUUUCUUUUAUAUUCACCGUAAUGUUAGACAAAUAAACUUUUUGAUUGAUAUCGUAAGCUAAUUGUAUUUAUAUCUAAAUGGGUCUUAAUCAUUUAAGAAGAAAUCGCAUUGUUUUUACUACUUAUAGUUAUAGCAUAGUGUUAUGUAUACAGUAUGUUUUAGGUCUAUUGGUGAUCUCAGGCGACUUUUUAAAAUUAAACAAACAUGUUCAAAAUGUAAUUAUAUUGCAUUUUAGAAGGUCUAUCUAAAAAUCUCUGUACGAAUUAUGUAAAAAAGUUAAUGUUAAAAUUUAUAGACUGAAAAGUGAAACUUCUUAUUAUUGAAUUUUUAUUUUAGGCGUACUGGUUAUUGACCCAUAAAAAUUGGUCUUAUAAAUUCUAUAUGUAAAUAAUUAAAAUAUGUAAUUUAAACAAAUUGACAGACAAACUAAUCCUAAAAACAUAACAUAUAAGGCAUUUUUACUUUGACAAAGUCCUCCUUAUUUGAGGUAUUGCUAUUUCUUUUUACUAGUUUUGACUGGUGUCACUUGAAGUCACCAAUAUUUAGUGCAUUUAUUGAUGUAGAUUUUAAAUUAUACAGUAUACACUUUUUAUUUAUCUUAUUUAAUUUAUACUUUUUUAGAAAUUCGCUUAUUUAUGUUACAAAAUGACAUGUAAUGUCGAUAUAAAUAUAACCUCUGUUACUUAGUGACGGAUUGUAAGUAUAUACUUUUAAAAAGAUGUCUUGUUUUUAAUUCUUUGUCGAGGCAAUUUAAAUUAUUUAUACAAUACACCUUUAGUACCACCACUUAAUAUAAAAUUCGCAAAAUGAGUAUUAAUAAAAUAAUAACCUAAAAAAAAUUCAUAACCUAUUUAAAAAAAGAAGAGACGCUUUUCUUUAUGUGAUAUAACGUACUAAGGAAAGAUCUCUAGACUAAAUUGUAGAUAACUAGAUUGUAAAAUCUCUUUUUUUUUAGGUCGACAUUUAACUAAAACUUGUUUUGCUUGUUUCAAUUCAAUAUUUUAUUAAGGGUGCGACGUGUAUAAAAAAAAAUCUAAAUUGGCUCGAAUCUGGAUAUUCUCAGUUAUGGCUCGAGAUAUUAAUUGACUCUUUAAUGGAGAAACAGGCGAUUAACGCGACUAACUUACAGACUGAAAAGACACUAAUCGUGCAAUACGUAAGUUUAACGAAUUGUUCCUCUAGAGGUAGUUUUUUUUUUUUUUUUAGUUUGAUUUAGUGAUAAAACUCAUUGAAUUAAUGUUAAAAAUAUUAAACUAAUGAAACCUUAUUCUCAAAUAGGAGAAUAAACUAAACAGCCGUCUAAAAUAAAAUUACACAUCAUGAAACAGAAAUCAUUAAGAGCAUUCAUAACGAAAUACGAUAACGUCGUAUUUUUUAUGCAAUUGUUGGAAUUUGUACUUUAUAUUGCAAAACCACCUUUUAAUUUCACAAUAUAUUUAUUUUAAUUAUAUUUUUAUACAAAGACUUGCACAUUGGACGAUUGUUGUAACGGAAGAGAGCGAAAGCAAUUUUAGAGUUGCCAUAUAUAGUAUAAUAUUAAAUUUGGUGUUUGCAACAGCAAUUUAGAAUGGUUGUUUGCUAUUGCCUAAAACAAAUACUUGAUAGAAAAUGGAAAUUAAUUAUCUGUUAUUUUACACAUACAGUCAUGAACAAUGUAAAUCUUUUAAAUUUUUCUGAUUGAUUAUUAUUUAAAAAGAGCUCUGAUAGCGAUUUCAAACGUUAAUCGUGUAUUAAUAUUCUUAUAAUUGUUAUUGGAAUUCGGAAUUUUACAAAUACACAUUUAAAAUGUAUUUGAAAUAUUCCAAAACAAAAUACGAAGUAGGUGCAAAGUUUUUAAUCGCAGAUUCAUAUUCAGAUUAAUGUAUGUUAUUAUUAAUGUUUUAAUUCGCUAUCUGAGCCCUUUUUAAAUACCCGUCAGAAUAAUUUUUUUUUAAAUUGUUUUAUGAAAAUUGACAGAUAAUAGCGAAAUUGCCAUACUUCGUUAAGCAAAAGUUAUAUUUAUUCUUAAUGAUCUUUUACCAGUAAUGCUAUUAUCAUCGAAACAGAUCGAAAAUUAAUAAAAAUUUUAAACUUGUACUACGACGCGUCAAUGAAGUUCGUAUGAGCUCUUAAUAUUGUUUCUUUUCGACUUUUUCACUGAUUAUAUUAUUAUUUAUUUAUAUUUAUUUUGAUCAUGUUGCUUGUCUGUCUGUUCCUCUAUUUGAAAAUAUGGUCUUAUUAGGUGUACAUGAAUUAUUGCAAAGCAAUAUUAUCAGCAUGUAGUUAGCAUUGUAAAUGAUCAAAAGUAUAAAUGAAUUUCCCGCCAAAUUCCUAGUGUUAAAUUUUUUAUGGGCAAAAUUGAUUAUUUAAAAAUAAGACAGACAAAAUGUACUAAACAUCAAUACAUAAGUAAGAGUAAUCUUUUUAUUCAUAUAAUGUCAUUUCGAUAUGAAAUUAUAUCAAAUUUACUUACCACCAUGUACCAUUUUUAAAGGAAACAAUUGUCUAAUACAUUUUGUGCCUCUUGUUUCGUAAAUCGUCAUGGCGUCACUUACAUCAACACAUCUGGUCUGGAGUGUUUUAUUUCUUUAACAGUAUUUUGAUUUACCUGAUCAAAUAUUACCUUUGUAAUAAUUUAAAUAAAUGCAAACCUAAAUAAGAUCUGUGCGUGGAUAUAGACAAAAAUUUGUCAUAUUUAUUGUUAUGGAUAUUAAUAAAAAAUAUUUGUACCAAUUUUGGCUGUGGUAUGGAUGAACAGUUUACUUUCAUGUUACAUUGUUGAAAUAUGUAAGUGAAUAAAUCUUAAAUGUAUAAA